UUUAUUUGAAAUCAUCUCUCUCUACUUCCCAUUCAUCUUCCUCUCUCUCUUCUUUGGAUUGAGCUCUUUUUCUAGUUCAUUGACUCUUGAUAAUGAAUUAUAUGCUGAAUUCUAUAUACCCCAUUUAAGAAAAAUGGAUUUUUUAGGAUUUCUAGAGUGCCCCGGAGUUUAUAUUACUGGUAUGGGGAAGUAGUGAUCUGGAGUUGAGGGUGCUGGAAAUGGGGUUUUGGGGCUUCUUGAUUCUGGUUCUAGGGUUCCUGGCUCAGUUUCGGGAUGUAAAUUCUCAGAACCAGAGGUGCAGUUCCUCUGAUUUGGACGCAUUGAUGGGUUUCAUGGCUGGUUUGAGCCAGGGGAUUAAUGGUUGGGGUAACGAUUCUUAUUGUUGCAGCUGGAGAGGUGUUUUCUGUGGUUCUUCUGGAGCUGCUUCUUCUUCCGGUUCAGAGACGAUGGUAAUUCGGUUGGUUCUUAGGGAAUUGGGGUUGAAUGGUUCCAUUUCUAGGGCUUUAGCUAGUUUGGACCAGCUUCAAACCCUGGAUCUCUCCCUAAACAUGCUUUAUGGAUCUGUUCCAUCUGAGCUUUUUCGGUUGCAGAGGUUGGAGUACCUGGACCUGAGCUAUAACAAAUUGUCUGGCAACUUUACAGAUGUUAUUGGGUUACCAUCGGUUCGCGUUUUCAAUAUUUCGAGCAACUUCUUCGACGGACAGCUGCCCCUUCUCUCUGGGCCAGUGAAUUUGACAGUGUUCAAUAUCAGUAAUAAUUCCUUUACUGGUUCGAUCGAUGCUGGGAUAUGUAGAAAUUCAGGAAAAAUACAGGCUAUCGAUCUUUCAAUGAAUCUGUUUUCUGGCUAUUUUCCAGUGGGUUUUGGGAAUUGCAGGUCUUUGCAAAUUCUCUCCCUGAGCUGCAAUUCUCUAUCGGGGCAAUUGCCUGAUGAUUUGUUUGGGUUGUCUUUGUUGGAGCAACUGAGCUUUUCAGCUAACAGGCUUUCCGGGAAUUUCAGCAAUCGAUUGGGUAAUCUCUCGAAAUUGGUAAUUUUGGAUCUUUCAGCUAAUGGGUUUUCAGGGCCAGUACCCGAAAUUUUUGGUAACCUGAAGAAUCUUCAAACUCUCUUUGCUUACUCUAACCGGUUGGUGGGUCCAUUGCCAUCCUCUCUUUCAAACUGUUCUGGGCUUAGAAUGCUCAAUCUGAAGAACAAUUCUCUCUCUGGUACACUCUCUCUUGAUUUCUCUAUGUUUCCUCGUCUCAACCUCCUUGAUGUUGGUUCGAACCAUUUUGAGGGCCUUCUCCCUGCUUCUCUCUCUUCCUGCCAGGAAUUGAAAACUAUAAAUCUUGGCAGGAAUGGCCUUUCCGGCCAAAUUCCCCAGAGUUUCGCAAACAUGCAAAGCCUCUCGUUCCUGUCUCUCUCUAACAAUAGCUUCCAUAACAUCUCGGAAGCGUUAGGAAUACUACAACAGUGUCGGAGCCUUACUAGUCUUAUCCUCACGAUGAAUUUUCAGGGUGAGGAAAUGCCAAUUGACAUUAAUGGUUUCGGAGGCCUAAAAUUCUUGGCAAUCCCAAACUGUGGUCUCUCUGGUUUCAUCCCCCCAUGGUUGCAAAACUGUGAAAAUUUGCAGGUUUUGGAUCUCUCGUGGAACCAUUUGUCAGGAAGCAUUCCACCUUGGAUUGGAGACUUUGAGCGCCUCUUUUACUUGGAUUUAUCGAAUAAUUCCUUUACAGGAGAGAUUCCGAAAAACUUGACUCUACUGAAGAGCCUCAUUUCAAGAAGCUACUGGCCAAGAGAUUCCACCAUUGAAAUGCCUGUGAUUAUCAAGAGAAACCACAGUGCAGCCGGUUUUCAAUAUAACCAGAUCUCGAGCUUUCCCCCAACUCUUUCUCUGGCCCACAAUGGGCUUGGUGGACCCAUUUGGGAAGAGUUUGGAAACCUGCGCUUGCUCCAUGUAUUGGACCUGAGCUCUAACAAUCUCUCAGGUUCAAUACCGAGUAACUUGUCAAACAUGAGGAGCUUAGAAAUUCUGGACCUCUCCUUCAAUAACCUUUCCGGUUCGAUUCCCUUUUCUCUUUGCUUGCUCACCUUCUUAUCAAGCAUUUCUGUGGCAUAUAACCAGUUGCAGGGGCCUAUCCCAACUGGUUCCCAAUUCUCAACCUUUUCAGCAAGGAGCUUCUAUGGAAACCCCGGUCUUUGUGGUUCACCUUUGCCUCCUUGUAAUCGAACCGACACCAGACCCUAUCUUCCCUCCCUUUCUCAGGGCAAAUUGAAAAAGAACAGAACCACCAUUAUUGUGUCCACAACACUUUGCCUUGGCAUAUGGAUGGCUCUUUUUCUUGCCGUGGUAUUUAUUAUUGCGUCAAGGAGGCAUAGAAAGAGAAAGUGUGGUGAUGGAGUUUGCAGAACUGCAGGGGGGAUCAGAAGGUCUUCUGAGUUCUCUGGUUCACGAAUGGUGAUUCUAUUCCAACCCCAAGAUAAAAAAGAGCUCACUAUUUGCGAUUUGCUAAAGGCCACUGAUAAUUUCGACCAAGCAAAUAUCAUCGGGUGUGGGGGCUUUGGCCUUGUGUAUAGAGCCACACUCCCUGAUGGUCGAAAGGUGGCAAUAAAAAGAUUGUCAGGGGAUUGUGGUCAGAUGGACAGAGAAUUUCAGGCUGAGGUUGAGUCUCUCUCUAGAGCUCAGCAUAAGAACCUAGUUCUCUUACAAGGCUAUUGUAGACAUGGGGAUGAUAGGCUCCUUAUAUACUCUUUCAUGGAGAAUGGGAGCUUGGAUUAUUGGCUUCAUGAGAGGCUUGAUGGUGGGUCGAUGCUCGAUUGGGCCAGUAGGCUUCGUAUGGCUCAAGGGGCAGCUCACGGCUUGGCUUAUUUGCAUCAAACUUGUGAACCCAACAUACUCCACAGAGAUAUUAAAUCGAGCAAUAUACUUUUAGAUGAAGAAUUUGAAGCCCACUUAGCUGAUUUUGGAUUGGCAAGGCUUAUACUCCCUUAUGAUACCCAUGUGACCACUGAUUUAGUUGGGACCUUGGGCUAUAUACCCCCUGAAUAUGGGCAGGCUUCAGUAGCCACUUUCAAGGGGGAUGUUUAUAGUUUUGGUGUUGUUUUAUUGGAGCUUCUCACUGGUAAGAGACCUGUCGAUGUGUGCAAGCCAAAGGGGUGCAGGGAUUUGGUUUCUUGGAUUCUUCAGUUGAAGAGUGAAGGGAGAGAAGAAGAGGUUUUUGAUCCAUUUGUUUAUGAAAAGGAACAUAGUAAGCAAAUGCUGCAAAUGUUGGAGGUGGCUUGUUCGUGUGUUAAUGCGUGCCCUAAAGCAAGGCCUUUUAUCUGUCAGGUAGUUUCAUGGCUUGACAGUAUUGGGGCCGAUAGCCAGCAAACAAAGUGAGAGUCAAAUGUUUCCAUGGCUUGAUGAAAGGACUUAGCAUUCGGUUCAUAGUUCGUUGUAAAGUUUAAGAUGGUAUGUGGCUUCAUGCCUUCUUGAACUGAAUGCAAUUGUAUAUAACAGAACAUGAGGAAUCUAUGUGCUCCCUUUACCUGGCCCUCCGGUCAUGAAGCCCACCUGGAUGUAGGGUCAUUUGAUUGGACAGCUUUGAUUCACGAACAAGUUUGGUUCUGGAAAUCUAAAGCAUCGCUUCCCUCUCGAGCAUGGAGGACGCGAGUUAUGCAACAGUACACACGGUCCUCUGUAGGUUAAUACCAUUUACUAAUAACAACUUUGUUUUCUUAUUUUACAGUGAGCAUGUUUGCAUUUUCAAUUGUUUCUUUGAUUCUAAUUGGCCACUGUCUAUAAUUCCCAUCUGCAUGUGUAAAGUUGUAGACAUUAUGUAAAGAAUGGUCGUAUUCCAACCAUUCAUAUGGGUACUCCUUUGCACCGAUCUCUUGUUAUGCUCUCAGAUAUAAGUGAACUAGAACUAGAUUUUUUUACUCUAAUUGGAAUAUUAGUCUUUUAUUU